CGCAUUCCUCAACUACCCCUCAGCUGCAUUUAGCUCUCUACCAGCGAGGCGCUCAUCGGCUCACCGCAGAUCCCCCCGUUGCUCCGCGCCGCCGGAACCAUUGCAGAAUACAUGGAGAACGUGGCGAUAUUUGACUCACCUGGAAAGGGACGGGGUCUGAAGGCGACCAAGGAGUUCUGGGCCGGAGACGUCAUUUUUGCCGAGCCUAGUGUUGCAGCUGUUGUGUUUGACAGCCUUCUAGAGCGUGUUUGCCACAGCUGUUUCCGCCAACAAGACAAACUCCAGAGGUGCGGCCAGUGCAAAGUUGCUCAUUAUUGUGACCGAACUUGCCAGCGUGCCGGCUGGGCCGAACACAAGCAGGAAUGUGGUGCCAUCAAAGCUUAUGGAAAAACACCAAACGAGAACAUCCGCUUGGCGGCCCGCAUCCUGUGGCGCCUUGACAAAGAGGGGAGCAUAAUGUCUGACAUGCAGCUCAUCACACUGGACGAGCUGGAGGAUCACAUUCCCGACAUGCAAGAGGACGAUUUGAAGGACUUAAAAGUGGACAUCCACAACUUCCUGGACUACUGGCCCCGUACCAGCAAGCAGCACAACAUUGACGACAUUUCACAUAUUUUUGGAGUGAUUAACUGUAACGGUUUCACUGUGAGCGACCAGAGGGGCCUUCAGGCGGUGGGAGUUGGUCUUUUCCUAAAUUUGUGUUUGGUGAAUCAUAACUGCUGGCCAAACUGCACCGUGAUCCUCAACCACGGCAAUCAAUCGGCUGUGAAUACUAUGUUUCAUUCUCAACGGAGGAUUGAGCUGCGGUCGCUCGGUAAGAUCGAGGAGGGAGAGGAGCUGACAGUCUCCUACGUGGACUUCUUGAAUCUGUCAGAGGAGAGGCAGCGACAGCUGAAAACACAAUACUUCUUUGACUGCACAUGCGAGCACUGCAAGAACCACAUAAAAGAUGACCUGAAGUUGGGGGGAGUUGCAGAGGUGGACGGAGUCAAGCCUACAGAGGAGCAGGUGAAAGAGGCAACAGAGUAUUGCUUUCAAAUGCUGGAGAAGAUGGAGAGCGCUCGACUAAAAGGCGACUACCAUGAGGUGGUAAAAAUCUGCAAGGAGUGCAUAGAGAAGACAGAGCCAGUUUUGGCUGACACUCACAUCUACCAGCUGCGGAUGUGGAGCACAUUAAGUGAGGUGCAGGCUUACCUGCAGUUCUUUACCGACGCUGCAGACUACUCCCGCAAAAUGGUGGAGGGAUACAUGAAACUGUACCCCCCGAACAAUGCUGCUCUGGGAAUGGCGUCGAUGAGAGCAGGCGUGAGCCACUGGCAAGCUGGGGAGAUAGAGGUCGGCCAUGCGAUGGUCUGCAGGGCCUACGCCAUUCUCAUGGUGACCCACGGUCCAACACAUCCCAUCACCAAGGACCUGGAGGCCAUGCGCGUGCAGACGGAGAUGGAGCUGAGGAUGUUCAAGCAGAAUGAGUAUGUUUACCACAGCAUGAGGGAGGCGGCUCUGAAGAACAAGCCAAUGGCCAUGAUGCAUGAACCCAGGUCCGUGGACGAGGGGAUCAAGAAUCUCUUUCACCGGAAGAAGUGAAGAUGAGCGAGAACAAGCCCAGGCGUUGGUGUGCGGGUCUGCGCGUUUAGUCACACGGUCAUUUCCUGUUUUGUAGUCACGCUUUUCAUUAAAAAGAUGUCACGUCGGACUUGU